ACCACAGACUAGAACUUCCCCUGUCAGUGUCCAGUGUGGAGAGGACACCAUGGAGGUCAGUGUCCAGAGGGAUUUGUAUGGGAAUGGAAAGCUAGUAAAACCCUCCGAUCUGAGCCUGGGAGCCCAACAAUGCAAGCCAAGCACCCAAAGUACCGACAACAUGGUAAUCUUCCAGAUUAGCCUCCAGGACUGUGGCAACACUGCGCAGAUGUCUCAAGAUUGGGUGGUCUACACCACCAGCCUGACCUACAGCCCAACCUCCUCCAUUCCAAUCGUCCGAACCAACCCAGCUGUGGUCCCCAUAAUGUGCUACUACUAUCGGCAUGGUAAUGUGAGCAGCAAGGCCAUUAAGCCAACAUGGCUUCCAUUCAGCACCACAGUGUCCUCAGAAGAGAGGCUGUCCUUUUCUUUGCACUUGAUGGCUGAGGACUGGAGUGGCCCUAGAAGUUCUUCAGUCUUUCAGUUGGGAGAUAUUCUCUACAUAGAGGCCUCUGUAGACACUCAGAACCAUAUUGGCCUGAUCCUGUUUAUUGACCGAUGUGUGGCCACCAUAUCUCCUGAUGCCGACUCUUCUCCUAAUUAUGACAUCAUUACAGACCAUGGGUGUCUGGUAGAUGGAAUGCAAGAAGACUCCUCUGCAGCCUUCAUGACUCCAAGGGUCAAACCAGACAACCUACGGUUCACAGUGGAUGUCUUCCACUUCCUAGGAAAUGAUGCAUCUCUGAUCUACAUAACCUGUUACCUGAGAGCUGCUGCAGCCACCCAGGUCCCGGAUUCCAUGAACAAGGCCUGUUCCUAUAGCAAAGCCACAAAUGGCUGGUCUGCAGUUGAGGGCCCCAGCGAUAUCUGCCAGUGUUGUCAGACAACAGGCACCUGCAGCAACCCUAAUCUGAUGACAGGAGGAAGGACCAGAUUUGGAAGACCGAGAGCAUUUGGCAAGAGGGAAGCCUUGGAUGAACCCCACAUGGAAGGUGGACAAAGUGUGACCACUCUGGGACCUCUGCUUGUGACUGGGCCAAAACAAAGUGAUGUUGCACUUCAAAUGACAAAGGAAGAUUCUGCCCCUAUGGAGCUCUGGGUGUUGGUGGUCGUCGGAUGUCUCAGUGUUCUGGUUGUCCUUCAAGCAAUGGUGAUGUUACAUCGUAGGAAGUUCAGAAGGCAGUGUGAGAUUGAGACUACAGAUGUGGCAAUGCUAGUUGCACUGGCAUGCUUUACUGUUGUCACCAACAGGAAACCCGUCAUGACAAAUGCCAUGCAAAACUGUCUGGAGAAAGUGCAUGCAGACAGGAAGGAUGAUAACUCCCUGGUCUACCAGAUCUCCCAACAGACUGCAAAGAGCAGAUGCUUUUAUCACGUCUUUGGGAAGAUCUGUCACCAUAAAGUUUUGCUGAGGACUGUCGUACUCCAGCUGAUAACCUAG